UCGAAACAUUAUAAUUCCUGUGGUACAUCGUUCAUUUGUUACAUGCUUGGAGUCCUACUCCUACCAAUAUGCUACUGAAGAUAGUCAUGGGCUGCUUGCCUGUUCUCCUGGUCAUCAUGGCUGCCACAAGUACCACGGCUGCCUCCGGACCAAACUCGCAAUUCCACCGUGAUCGACGAGCGAUUCGUGCACGCACGAUGGCGACAGGCGAAGACCACAUCGCCCACGCUUCCAUUAAGAUGCGGAUGAUGAACGAAGGUCGGUCUCGACUAGCCGUCAAUCACGUACGCGCAAAGCGAUUCAUCAACGCCGCAUCCGGUGCGCAACAGACCAAAGUUUCAGACGCAAUCAAGGAGUACGCAGGAAACCAGUACGAACCGGUUUUCUCCGGUAAAGGACGCGCAUCGGAACUGGUUGACGAGAUUCAGCAUGGCUACGUCCAGCCGCCACGAGCACCCUUUUCGAAAGACGCAGUCUAUGAAGAUCUUCUCACCCGACAACGAAAGGAUGGCCAACAACGAAUGCAGCCAGGUCACCGCUCUCGAGAGCCCGAAAAUCUGAGCCAAAUGAGAGACGAAGUGGACGAAUUUCUGCAGCUCAUGCACGAACUGGGUAUUCUGGGAAAUCGUGAGAAUGAAAUCAUCAAAGGCUCUAAAAAACAAGGUAACACCAAAGAGGUAGCGAGGCCAUCCUCUGCGGCCGCCUUCAUCAGUCAUCACAUCAAUCGUCCAAAGCAGAACGACGAUAUCGCUAUGAAAGCACCGACGUCCGGUUUUGGCGGGAACACUGAUUCCCAUCGAUCGUCUGCAGUUGUCCAUACCUUACCAAGAUCACCUGGUCGCGACGCCAGAGCGUUCAAACGUGAGUCGUCCCCAUAUCUGUUUAAAGAAACCUUGGACAACGAGGACGGCGAUGAGGAGGUUGUUGCUGUCAAGGAAGAGGCUAUCAUAGACAUCCCGCCGCAGGCACUUGCAAACUUCGACAGCCAAGGUCUUGGUGGGAUCGAUCUCGAAAUCAUCAAGAAAUUGCUGGAGAAAAUUAUCGCCCGCAAGUCUCCAAAGUCAGAGAAUAUAUAGUUCUGUAAAUCAAAUUAUCGAAAUUUCCAACAAAAUAUUGAGAUUUAUUCACUGUUUCGAAAACGCAAAAGUUAAUCUUUACCAGGUUGAUAUAAUAUCCUGAAAAUUACAUUCAUCUCAUAAAAUUAAAAUUUAUCGAUCAUGUAAAUAAAAACGGAACUACAUCACAAGAUAUAUCUCAGUACUUAAUUAUAUGAUAAUCUUCACUUUUGUGUAAUAGCUACAUCUCUUACGUGAAAGUUGGGUAACCUCUGGAACUAUGAUGUUAAUAUACAUUGUUGCCCAUAAAAUUUGAUUUUUUUUCUUCUCCUUUCUUCUAACCUUUUUUCAUGAAAAUGAUACAGGGACACCAAAAUUAUGGUUUCUUCUUCAUAGAUUAAAGUGUAUAUCUUUUCUAUGACACUUUAGAAUGAGCAAUACAGUUCUGAAAAGAUAUAAACUUUAUCUAUAAACAAAUAAAUCGUAUUUUCAUAACCACUUCAUGAAAGGGAGUACAAAAAAAGUCCUCCAACUUAAUGGGCAACUUUAUAGGUAUCACAUCACGGGGACUGAACUAAAUUUGUUGGGAUAUUUAACAUAAUUCAGAUAUUAUGAUACCAGAUGGUUUGUCUGACAACUAACUUGUUAAUUAGUUCAAUACAAUAGUUUCGUAUCAGCCAUUAACAGUGAUUAAAAGGUCUAAACAUAAA